UGCUAUGCAAGGGGCUGUGCGAAAACAACACGCGCACAAGCCCCUUCACGCCUGCCCAUCCACGCCGAAACAGGUCCGCCCCCAACAACAUCGUCCGGAUAUCUCUGCGACCUCCGCCCUCCUCUGCUGCAUCGCAUCCCAGGCCAAACUCGCUACCGUCCCCGUCUUCUCCCACGCUCGCUCGUGGGACCAUCGAUACCCUCCCGUCUGUCUUUGGCCAACUUCCCGCACCCAAGCUCCCAGCGUCAGCCCGUGCCAAAAUCAUGCAAGAAGAGUUCACUGUAACCUGGGUCGAUUAUGGCUCCUACGGAGGCGGCGGCUUCGUGACCGUCCCUGUCUCCAUCCAAUCGAGCCUUCUUGCAACCUCACCGACAGUCUCCCCCGCCUCACCCACCGCACCCGUGGUCAGCAACGUCUUCCAGCAGCCAAGCCCGGUGUCUGCGACCUACCCAUCAUUCAGCCACCAGCCGCAGCCGGCGUCAUUCAUCUCCGUCGCUCCUGCCUUUCCCCUCACAAGUACCGCCCACCGCCCGGGUCUCGGCGAAGCCAUGCAAACCGAUCCGUCCUCUGGCGUCGCUGCGGAGGCGUCGUUCGGCCGGAAUACGUCUGGACGGAGUGAAGGCGCCGCCCGUAUCCGCAUUGACCAGCUCGUCAAUGGAAUGGAAAACGUGCGUCUGUAGAAUGCUUACAACUGAAUCUUUGAUUUACCUCGACCGAUGAUGGGCUUGUAUGUGGGUGGCUUCCUCGACAAAGCCUGUGGGUCAGGGGUGUCGAUCUCCACAAGGUUGGGUCGCCGUCGAAGCAUCCCGAAGCUCCAGUACAUCCGAAGCGAAACGAGAAGCUGUCUCGAGUCAGGGUUGUUACUUUCUGGACCUUGAAUACACACCUAUUCCGCC